CUGCAGCUUUUAGAAUUUGCCAACUAUGGGAGACGCUAGGGACAACGAAGCGUAUGAGGAGGAGCUUCUGGACUAUGAGGAAGAGGACGAGAAGGUCUUAGAUUCUGGGAAUAAAGUUAACGGCGAUGCGGUGAAGAAAGGUUACGUGGGAAUACACAGUUCUGGAUUCAGAGACUUCCUUUUGAAACCGGAGCUUCUCAGAGCUAUUGUUGACUCUGGAUUUGAGCAUCCAUCUGAAGGUAAUAAACGCUAUUUCAAUCUAUUCAUUUGGAGUGAGCUUUAGGAUUUCGUAAAGUCACCAAUGAAACGAUAUGGAGGUUAUCUUCUAAUUCUAAACGGUUCCUUGGCUGCAAUUUUCUUUGGCUCUACAUCAGUGCAACAUGAAUGUAUCCCUCAAGCUAUCUUGGGCAUGGAUGUUAUCUGCCAAGCAAAAUCUGGUAUGGGGAAGACUGCCGUCUUUGUGCUUUCGACUCUGCAACAGAUCGAGCCAUCUCCUGGCCAGGUGUCUGCACUAAUAUUGUGUCAUACAAGGGAGUUAGCUUACCAGAUCUGCAAUGAGUUCGUGCGUUUCAGUACGUAUCUGCCCGAUACAAAGGUUUCAGUGUUCUACGGAGGAGUCAACAAUAAAAUUCACAAAGAAUUGCUGAAGAAUGAAUGCCCUCACAUUGUUGUUGGAACACCUGGUCGGGUCCUUGGACUCGCCAGGGACAAAGACCUCUCUUUGAAGAAUGUGAGGCAUUUUAUUCUUGAUGAAUGUGAUAAAAUGCUCGAGUCUCUCGACAUGCGGAGGGACGUGCAGGAGAUUUUCAAGAUGACACCUCACGACAAACAAGUCAUGAUGUUCUCAGCAACGCUCAGCAAAGAGAUACGCCCAGUCUGCAAGAAAUUUAUGCAAGAUCCAAUGGAAAUAUAUGUUGAUGAUGAAGCCAAACUGACUCUUCAUGGGCUUGUCCAGCACUACAUCAAACUGAGCGAGAUGGAGAAGAACCGCAAGUUGAAUGAUCUUCUGGACGCAUUAGACUUCAAUCAAGUUGUCAUAUUUGUGAAGAGCGUUAGCAGAGCUGGGGAGCUGAACAAAUUGCUGAUUGAAUGCAAUUUUCCCUCAAUAUGUAUUCACUCUGGCAUGUCUCAGGAAGAGAGGCUGACUCACUACAAAAGUUUCAAGGAAGGGCACAAGAGGAUCCUUGUGGCGACAGACUUGGUAGGAAGAGGCAUUGACAUUGAGCGUGUCAACAUAGUUAUCAACUACGACAUGCCAGAUUCUGCUGAUACAUAUCUCCACAGGGUCGGUAGAGCUGGUAGGUUUGGAACAAAGGGUCUUGCGAUCACAUUUGUGGCAUCAGCUUCAGAUUCUGAAGUUCUUAAUCAGGUGCAAGCCAGGUUUGAGGUUGAUAUAAAGGAACUUCCUGAGCAGAUUGAUACUUCCACAUACAUGCCCUCUUAAAGUAGCAUCGUCUCUCAGCAAGAACUUCAGGUUACAACAGGCGUCAGAGAGCUUUGCAACUAUCGUCAAACAUCAUCCCCUCUAAAUUUCUAUCUUUGUUGUUUUCUUUCUGGACAAAUUUUCAUUUAGACCGUGUUUAAAUGAAAAUAUAUACUGGUUUCCAAGCAGUGAUUUAGCUUAUUUGUUUGUUUUUAAAUUACAGUAAGCUGUCUAUCCU